UUGCUGAAAUAUUGCUAAAAGCGGCGUAAAACCAAACUCACUCACUCACUCACUCAUGAGAGGAAGACGGACAAAGAAGACAUGGGCGGACACGAGAGGAAGACAGACAAAGAAGACAUGGGUGGGCACGAGGGGAAGACUGACAAAGAAGACAUGGGUGGGCACGAGGGGAAGACGGACAGACAAAGAAGACAUGGGUGGGCACGAGGGGAAGACGGACAAAGAAGACAUGGGCGGACACGAGAGGAAGACAGACAAAGAAGACAUGGGUGGGCACGAGGAGAAGACAGACAAAGAAGACAUUGGCGGACACGAGAGGAAGACGGACAAAGAACACAUGGGCGGGCACGAGAGGAAGACGGACAAAGAAGACAUGGGCGGACACGAGAGGAAGACGGACAAAGAACACAUGGGCGGACACGAGAGGAAGACGGACAAAGAACACAUGGGCGGACACGAGAGGAAGACGGACAAAGAACACAUGGGCGGACACGAGGGGAAGACGGACAAAGAACACAUGGGCAGACACGAGGGGAAGACAGACAAAGAAGACAUUGGCGGACACGAGAGGAAGACAGACAGACAAAGAAGACAUGGGCAGACACGAGAGGAAGACAGACAAAGAACACAUGGGCGGACACGAGAGGAAGACGGACAAAGAACACAUGGGCGGACACGAGAGGAAGACGGACAAAGAACACAUGGGCGGACACGAGGGGAAGACGGACAAAGAAGACAUGGGCGGACACGAGAGGAAGACAGACAGACAAAGAAGACAUGGGCAGACACGAGAGGAAGACAGACAGACAAAGAAGACAUGGGCAGACACGAGAGGAAGACAGACAGACAAAGAAGACAUGGGCAGACACGAGAGGAAGACAGACAGACAAAGAAGACAUGGGCAGACACGAGAGGAAGAGAGACAAAGAAGACAUGGGCGAACACGAGAGGAAGACCGACAAAGAAGACAUGGGCGGACACGAGAGGAAGACGGACAAAGAAGAUACGGACAGACAUGUGAGGAAGACAGACAGACAAAGAAGACAUGGGCGGACACGAGAGGAAGACAGACAGACAAAGAAGACAUGGGCAGACACGAGAGGAAGACAGACAGACAAAGAAGACAUGGGCAGACACGAGAGGAAGACAGACAAAGAAGACAUGGGCAGACACGAGAGGAAGACAGACAGACAAAGAAGACAUGGGCAGACACGAGAUGAAGACAGACAGACAAAGAAGACAUGGGCAGACACGAGAGGAAGACAGACAGACAAAGAAGACAUGGGCAGACACGAGAUGAAGACAGACAGACAAAGAAGACAUGGGCAGACACGAGAGGAAGACAGACAGACAAAGAAGACAUGGGCAGACACGAGAUGAAGACAGACAGACAAAGAAGACAUCGGCGGACACGAGAGGAAGACAGACAGACAAAGAAGACACGAUAAGAAAUCGGAGAAAGACGGACAAGACAAGACAGACAGAUGGACAGACGGAAGGACGAACAGGAGGCACACAAGGCAGAUAAGAAGUAUGUUCUCUUUUCUCAUUGGUAAAGCAGAUUACUAUUGAUAUAUUUUUAUCUU